AUAGUACCGGUUAGCCGGAGAAGGGGAACCGGCUGCUCGGCGAAUAGCACCACUGCGCGCCCAGCUGCCGGAAACCGGGUAUCCGGUCAUCGAUUUUAUAGUAGUACGCGCGUUUAUACGGCAAAGUCGAAACGGUUUUGGACGAACGUUGGAUUCGGUGUUUUUGCUUUAUUUAUAGGUUAUGAAAAAAUUCUUAUAAGUACAAAAAUGGAUGUCGACUUAUUAAUCAGUCUUGUCGAAGAAAGACCUGUAUUGUGGGACAAAACUCUUGACGUAUAUAAAAAUAAAGCCGAAACCAAAAAAUGCUGGGAAGAAAUAUGUCGCAUAUUAAAAAGCGACUACUCAAACUUUGGUGAAAAGGAGAAAUACACAUUUUAUAAAGAAGUGGUAAAGAAAUGGUCAAAUAUCAGAGAUAGUUUUUGUAAAUCAAAAAAGAAAAUUAAAGAAAAUAAAAAAUCUGGAUCCGGAUGUGUUGAAAUAAAAAAAUAUAUAUACCAUGAUCAACUUCAAUUUUUAAAUAAAACUAUAUAUAGGCGAGAUACGCCGAGUUUUCCAGAAGAAUCACAAAAUUCUGAUGAAAAUGAUGAUGAAGAAAUUGUUGACAGAAAAAUGGAAAGAGUCGACAUAGUAAAACAGGAGCGAAAACGAAGACAUUCUGAAGAAUUUGAAGAAAACAUGCAUGAAAUAUUAGAAGUUCAACCUAAUAGGCAUCUAUCUUUUUUCCAAGGGAUUAUCCCUACAUUAAAUAAUUUUAAUGACGAUGAAAUUGUAGAAUUCCAAUUAGGAGUUCUACAAUUAAUUAAAAAAAUUAAACAACAAAAUACACAUAAUUUCAGUACGGUUCAUUUUUUAAGCACACAGCCAUAAAAGAUCCAUCAACCUCUCAAAUAAAAAAUUGUAACUAGCUUUAGUUUAAUAAAUCACAUAAUAAA